GGCCUACCAGUAGGUUCUGGUAGAUUGAUAUCACCCAUUUUUAAGGCUGACAUAAUGUUAGUGUAUGUGCUGUGACGUUACUGGCCCACCAGUAGGUUCUGGUAGAUUGAUAUCACCCAUUUUUAAGGCUGACAUAAUGUUAUUGUAUUUGCUGUCACGUGACCGGUCACAUGGCCGACAUUAUGAUUGUAUUCUUUAUGAUUUAUUAAUACUUUUAACAAAGUUUCGACAGUUAAACCUUUUUUGCGGAAAUUAAAUGCAUUUUCUUAACAUUUCGAGCAAGAAUUUGACAUUGUUUUUUCUAUAUAGAAGGCCUAAAUAUUUUAUGUAGUUAAUAUGGACCUCAAGCCAAUAAGCUUAUAUGGGCUUAAAUCCUCUGAGCAGACCUUGAAUUGAAAGAUGUUAUUUUAUUUUAUUUUAUUUUAAUUUUUGCAAACGGUUACAGUACAAUUAAAUAGAUGAAAGAAACAAAUUAUUAUCUUGUUGUUUCUGUCGCUAUGGCAACCCGGAUCGAAGCUGCUGAUGCCGUUUCUAGCCCGGAUAUGGAAACUACGUAAUGAAUGACUCAUGAUAACGUUUGUGGUAAAAACAAAAACAAAAACAGAAGAAGAAGAAGAUAAAGAAGAAGAAGAAGAUAAAGAAGAUAAAGAAGAUAAAGAAGAUAACGAUAUCAGCGUAUUGUGCUUUCGUCCUCUCAAGGUGAACAUGGUCAAGUUCCGAAAUGUAAAGACGUAUAUCAACAUACAACGGAUUCCCCUUAGAGGACGGUCAAGAACAUACAGAAGCUAUCUGCAACGAGAAGAUAUGAGACCAGCUUCAGUAUCAUUGUCCACAAAUCCACCAGAUGCACCACCCUGCCUUGUGUCACCUUGUGUUGACCAUUGUUUGGCUAGCAGCAGUCAAGAGGGUAAUGCCACUGUGGAGGCAUGGCAACGUGUGCGGGAAGUUCUUCUCCGUGUGAGUGCAGAGCUGCUUUGCCCUCCACAAGAGGCAUCCUGCACAGUUUGCAGCAGUUCGCUCACUGAAAGUGAGCUGUGGCGAUGCAUGGAUUGUGGAAGUGAGGCCUACUUCUGCGCCACUUGUGUCCAGAAAGUUCACCAGACCACUGCUGUGGUGCAUGUUCUAGAAAGAUGGGAGGCAGGUGAAUUUCAACAGAGCAUUCCUGACGGCUUCUGUUGGAAUUGGUCACGGAAGGAUCAUGAUUGUGAAAUGUCAUAUCAUCGUGUACUGAAAGUAUUCGACUGUCAAGGAAGGUGCCAUGAUGUUUCCAUCCAGUUCUGUUCAUGUGAAACAGAGGUUGCAACACUGCUUCGUUACAGCCUUUGGCCCGCCACUGUAAAGAGGCCCCAAAGCGCUGUUUCAACUAAGCUGAUGGACAUGAUCUGCAGGUUGCAGUUAGAGUGUGGUGUGUCGCUGAAGGCCAUAUGCACAGCCAUUCAGCAGUCAUCUUUGUCUUCCGAGUGCCAGGACCUUUACCGCCAUCUGGUAAAAGAAUCCUACGAAGAAUAUCGGCAUCUGCGAUACCAGAUGACUACACUGCGCCAUCUUGGGGCUGAUGUCACUGAUGGCGCACAGUGUCCCAUUUGUCCACAAGAAGAUGGAGUUCUGGUUCUGGCUGCAGAUGGGCUGUUUGGCCUACCAAGAAAGAAGUCUUCUGGGAGAAGUUUUGAGGGACCGAAGCACAAUAAUCGCUUUUUCUCGCCACAAGAUGAUGUUGAUGCCUUUGUAAAAGAACAGCAACAUACACCUGAGGAGGGUUGUGCCAACUUUCAAGCUGGCAGUGCGCUCAGGUCAAAAUUAAAAAAUGCCAAAUUGGAUGAAACCGGAGUGUUUGGCAUGGCCUGUAAGCACGAACAUCCACGGAGAUUUCUUAGUCUUAAGAGAGGCGAGAGCCUUUCGAAUGCAGUCUACCUGAUGAAGGAGCUGCAAGAAGAUCUGGGGGGAAAUAAAAAACUUGUCUUCAUGUAUGACAUAGGAUGCAAGUUGAAGCCUCAUUUGGAGAAGUUUUUCCCGAAUCUUCUGGACAACACCACAAUCGCUGUCCCUGCAUUCCAUGCUUAUGGACAUGGUGUUGCUUGUCAGAUUUCCCACGCAUGUAGGAAUGUUGAGGGUGCCGGUCUUUGUGAUGGGGAGCAAUUGGAGAGGUUAUGGUCAUUCCUACGUCGCUUCGGAAAAGUGACAAAGGAAAUGACCCCAUCCCACCGAAUUGACCUGCUGACCGAUGCACUGCUACACUACAGUGAAAAAAUAAGAAAAAACCAAGCCAAAGCCCUGUGUUCCAAAGCUGAGAAAACCAAUUCAGUUGAAGAGGAAGCAAAGACAGAAAUUGCUGAAAUCAUGAAACAAACAGGCCUCACCGAGCUGGAUGUACAGCGUUGGGCAGAACAUUAUAAGUCGGAGGCAAAGAAAACGAUUGAUUGGACGUGGGAGGAGGACUAUGUUCAGAAACUACUGGAACACCAGCAUCUGGAAGUCUUGAACCGCAUGGCCACCUCUGAUCCUGAGCUCAGAGCACGUUUGGAAAAGUCAGAGAGGCAGCUUCAGACAAUUGAGAGGAAACGUCAUGUUGGGGGAAGAUGGACUUUAAACACUGAAGCAUCUAGACACCUCCUAAGUGCCAUAGAUGACAAGAAACGGCAGCACGCACUGCAGGCAAUGUACAGGCUGGUCUUGGAGCGCAGGUUCCUAUGCGGCCUGGUGAGAAAAUAUGCUGAUGGACAGAAGAUAGCCAUCAGAUUGUCUAAAAAGAUCAAUGUGGUUGGCCAGAAGAUCAAGAACAAGGUCAAAGAGUACAACUCCACAGGAACAUCUAGCGCCUUGGUGUACCAUGAAGUCAUCCAGAUUGACAACCCCAUCUGGUCAACCAUGGUCCACUCCGAAAAAGAUGCGGACAUAUCCGUCAAACAGAGACUUUUUGUUUUGUUGAACACCGCCGAAAGGGCAUCAGAAGAGAGAGAGUACUUGUCGGAGGAAUGCAUGGCAGGCAAGCUGUUCUAUGAGAAGCAGCUUGUAGAGGUUGAGAAAUGCCUCUUACCAGACAGUUUGCCGUCGGUGUCCUCUAGAGAGGACAAAGGAGCCCGUGCUGCAUUGCUUGCCAAGAAAAGAGAGUUUUUGUUCCUUCACUCAAAAUAUGUCAAUCUUGUCAAUCUUCUCAGAAGUACAGAUGUCAUUGAUGAGGUGAACAGCGCUGACUCUGACAUUAGUACGGACGAAGAGGAGGAUUAUGAUGAAGAGGAGGACCAAGCAGUGCAUCAUUCCUUGCCUGAGUGAAAGACUGCUCAUAAUUUCUCUCUCUCUCUCUCUCUCUCUCUCUCUCUCUCUCUCUCUCUCUCAAACUCAAUUGUUCAGUUAUUCCUGACACUUCAGUCCAAUAGUGUCUGCAGACGGCGUGGAGAGGCUAAGGGCCAAUCCCAAUUCUCCUUCACUCGCCCUUCUUUUCUCCACUCGCACUUCUUUUCUUCCCUAACCCCUAAAAAAGAAGGGGGAGAUUUUAGGGCACUUGAGAUCUAGGGCACUUGGCCCAGGUGCCUGUCCCAUUUCUCCUACUCCCCCUCGUUUUCAUCCCUAACCUGAACAGGAAGCUGAGAGCCAAAAGCUGUUUUAAUUUCAGCUGUAGCGCUGUUAAUAUGGCACUUUAUUAAGUUCUAAUAUUUUUUCAGGCAUAAAGGUAACCUUAAGAUCCGCAACCUGGGCUCAGUUUAUCCAAAUAACGCCUGUUAAGAAAUUUGACCCGAUGUUUUCGGAGAUGAGAAGAGCCGCCGCCCCCGGGGAGCAGCCUCAGCUCACAGCCCGAGAAGAGACGUCUCCGCCGGGUCAAGCUGCUGCGUCAGCCCCGGGAGAGACACUCUCUCCCGGGACGCUGCUCUGUUGAGAAUUACGCUGGCUGAAAUAAAUCAUUUAGGAAGAUGUUGGUUUAAUAGAUGAAAUCUAACAGUUGUAGCUACGCCUGUUAAGAAAUUUGCUUCGAAAUUUAGAGAUUUCUGUCUGCCGGCUCCGGAGUUUGGGUCCGUGUUUAAUCGACGCAGAGCCUACGGCGUAGGGUACGGCGUACGGCGCGCGUCGCCGCGUACAUCGACGCAGACCUUACGGCGUAGGUUACGUAACCUCUGCCGUAGGCUCUGCGUUGGUGUAACGCGGAACCAUACAUCCCUUUAUUCUGGCGUGAUCUUCUACAACUUUAUCUGAAAGUGUUUAAAUUACACAGAUAACAGCUGGAUUACUUUGUGGUUUCUGAAGACUAUUAUAUCAGAAACAUCCAAAACAAAUCUGACGAGUCACAGGAUUAUUUCUCUCUAUUUCUCUGAGACGAGUCUGCCUGUUUGCCUUCGGUCGGCGAGUCAAAUCGACGCAGAGCCUACGGCAAAAGCAUUCUUGGAAAUUCUCAUACCCCCUCGCUCGCCAAGUCAGCAUCUGAAAUCCCUCGAUUUGAAGGGGCUAUUCUCAGCCCCUCACCCUCGUUAUGCCCCCUCCCCCUAGGUGAAAAGAGGAAUUGGGACACCACUACUUUCACGGGAACGCGCAAAAGUUAGGGUUAGUGAAGAAAACUAGGGCGAGGGGGAGUAUUGUGACGCAGCCUAAGUGUUUCUUUUCACGUAAAAAGAAAGAGCAGUCCUGUUACGGAUGCAGGGAUAGGGGAUAUGUUAUUUGUUUGUAUGUGUGCGCGCCUGUCUGUCUGUUUGUUCCUCCUCCCUCUGCAGUCCCGUUACUCCAGCCUGACGCUCCCCACCAAUGAACGUACCAAUGGAGCGCUCCCCACCAAUCGCUGUCAGGCUGGUGUAUCAAGUGUAUCAAGGGUAUGUAUCAAGGUGAGAGAGAGGGGCACAGUGUAGAGAAGAAGCUGUUAGUAUAUGGAGUUAACUCAUUUUCUCGUGAAGUGUUUUGUU